GACAGUCGGGAGAGACGACCGCUCGCGCUUGGAUUGGAGUGUCGGAGCAACCAGUCCAGAGCACACGUAGACCACACAUACGCGCGAGGAAUGUAAUCCGUGCCCGAUGACCCAUUCAUUACCCGUGUACGACUCGCUGCAAUUUAGACUGCCAAAUUUCAUCCAGGGGUCAGGAAGGAACGUGCAGCUCCUGUCGGUCUUCGAAGAAGCGCCAUAGGAAGCCCGUGGCGAAUCAGGCGUCGGUAAUCGAUGGGUUGAGAACGCUCUUUGCCAUUUUCUUCUUUUCGUUAUCAAGGUGUGUAGCUUACCGAUGAGCCAUGCUGAAGGUGGUCGGAGCCUCGUGGCUGCAGACGCGCAUCUCCACCUACAUCCUCGUCGCCGUCGCUCUCCUCGGCAUCGGCGCCAUUAUCCUCGGCGAAUAUGGACAUGUUGAGCAAGAUGGGACCUACUCGGCUACCGUAUCGUGGAAUCACAAGGGAGGAUAUCGCAUCGACUUUUGGGGUCAAGGCAACGACCUCGCUGAUGUGCGACUGAAUGCUGCUCGCGCCUAUUACAAGACUGGCAUAUUCGAAUCUGGAUGGUCCAUCAUCGAAAUAGAAACGUCAUCGAAAUAUCCGGACACCGUGCAAGCUUAUGCGGCCGGUUUAUUGGAGGGUAGCCUGACAUGGCAAAUGAUCCAUCAUCAUUGGCACAAUACCGUUCACGUUGUUUGCGAAAAAUGGCCAGGCGAAUGUGAGAAACUGAUGCGAUUCCUUCGUGAGAACACCGCUAUUGUCCGCGAACGUGCCGAGCGCUUGGCAACCACGGAUCCAUUCUGGCACAUGGUGCGGUUAUUUUACAUUCAACUGGACGGUUUGGAGGCUGGCUGGAGAUUCGCGGUUCGUCGUAGCCGGCAGCCAGUGGAAAUGAACAAAGAACAUUUCCUCUGGCUGGCAAUGGCCGCGGAUCUACCGGAUCUCGAGCGAGCGCUGAACGGUUCAGAGUCCUACCGCGAUUACAUCAAAGGCAUGAUUUUCCUGAAAAGCCUACCCCGUGAAGGACUAAAUCCGCUAAUAGCUAUUGGACAUACCACAGCCGCACCAUAUGCUAAGAUGUUGAGGUUGCUGAAGAAGUAUACUUUUGGUUACCAUGUUCUGCCGAUCUCGAAAACUUCCGCGCCAGUGCCAAGCAGAACUAUCAUAAUGUCAUCUUAUCCUGGUGCUCUGUCGUCUCACGACGAGUUCUAUUUGAUGCAAGAAGAGAAUCGCGAGCUGAUUGUCGCUGGAACACCACUGGCAGCCACUAAUCGCAGCCUGCGGAAUUUUAUGAAUGCUAAAGAUCAGGUGUUGUCAUCCGCGAGGGUGAUGGCGGCGAAUCGUCUGGCAAUGGACGGAGGUUCCUGGUCUCGCAGCAUGUCAUCGCAAAAUGAUGCCGAUGUAGCGCGACAAUGGGUCACUGUGGAGCCGCGCGACCGCAUUGUUUGGCUUGUCGAGCAAUUGCCAGGGUUCGUCCGCACGGCGGAUAUCAGCGAGCGGUUUGCUGAGACUGAUGUGUUUUGGGCUAUCGGUGAAGUUCGUCUUGGCGAGGCCAACGUGGUGAUCAGCGAAAAUGAGGAAGAGGACGACGAUGUAGCGAAAAGCGAGCUGGUCGCGAGACUGCGGAGCAACAUUACUACGACGGAACACUUUAGGAGGUUGAUGCGAGGAUACAAUCACGAGGAGCCCACCAUUGAAAAUGAAGAUCAGGCAAGGAUUUUAACCGACAAAGGAGACCUGGAGAAAGUUGAUCUACCGUUCGGUAUAAUCGACACGAAGAUCGUACUGGCCGACGUUAACGGAGUGGAAAGUUUCGAGGUCACUUCCGGGCCACAUAUGCUGGGCUCCAUGCAGCCCUUCCGAUGGUCAACAACUUUCCCCAACGUUUCACACGUCGGCCAGCCCGAUGUCUUCGAUUUCGACAGCGUUACUCCUCUGUGGGUUUGGCUCUGAGUUGCGAUCAUCUACAUACGUAAUAAAAGAAUAACGAUAUUAGACAAAAAGGUAACUUUUAAAUUUUUAUCGGAAGUAAAAAAAAUAAAUCAAUAAGCUGCAAAUGAAGCAGUUGUUUGAUUACUAAAUAAUAAGAAAUUUAAGAAAUUUAAUACAGUUAAAAAUUACUAAGUUUGAAAAUGAUGUUGAACUUGUAAGAAAUUAUCUUUAAUUAGCGUUUGAUCAAUUAAGGAAUGUUGCUUUUUGGUUGUCGACGUUUUCAUUGAAUCUACCCUAAACUUUAAACUUCAAGAAACAGCUGGCUCAUAUGUUAGCCACCUACCGUGUGAAAUCUUUAGAAAAUAAAAUGAAAUAAAUUUAA